AGUGACGUGCGCUUAUGCGUCCGCUGCGCAGUGAGCAGAGCUGACACUUGGCGGAGCGGCGAGAGACACAGACAGCGAGCGACAAACGACGGUUGGCUGUCUGCUGAAGCGAUCUUGCCAUGCGUGAAUACAAGCUAGUGGUUUUAGGCUCCGGAGGUGUGGGCAAGUCCGCUCUGACAGUUCAGUUUGUACAAGGAAUCUUUGUGGAGAAAUAUGACCCGACAAUAGAAGACUCGUACAGAAAGCAAGUGGAGGUAGACGGUCAGCAAUGUAUGCUUGAAAUUCUCGACACAGCAGGCACAGAGCAGUUCACAGCGAUGAGGGACUUGUACAUGAAGAACGGCCAAGGUUUCGCUUUGGUUUACUCCAUCACAGCACAGUCAACCUUCAAUGACCUCCAGGACCUGAGGGAACAGAUCCUCCGAGUAAAGGACACCGAGGACGUGAGUCAUUUAUUGAGACAUUUUUACUAUAAUUAGCAAGCAUCAGCCAGG